AUGACCAUGUGGUGCAGAGACUACAUUCAUAAAAUUUAUCCUACCAUGGAGGAUGAAAUUUUUCAAUAUGUCAAUGAUAUAUUGAAUAGUUCAAAAGAUGAUUUCGAGGACGCCAACGAAGUUUAUGAAGCAAUCGGUGAAGUUUUGCACGAGGUUGAAGAAAAAUCUGAAAAAGAGGUUAGAGAAAUAUGCACAAAUCUACUGUCAAUUUUGACAGAUGGGGGCAAUGGCUCCAUAGAAAGGCGAAAAAAUGGUGUAAAUAAAGUAUUAAAUACCCCUAUUCAUAUGGGAUCAAUGACUGCUGGAUUAACGGAGGAAGCUGAAGAAAUUAAAAGUAUAUGGGUCACUUCAAGAGAUGAUGUCAUGAAAGUUGAUGCCAAAAAAUUGGAAAAAGCUGAAGCAAAGCUUCGACAAAAGCAGGAAAACAGAGAUGACCAAGGUACUGUUAAAAAGAAUGCUCCACUUGUAUUAGAAACUGCCACAGUUAGUCAAGUAAUUAGUAAAAAAGACAAUAAAAUGGAAGCUAAGGGUGGAACAAACAGGACAAAUGAUAUUAGGAUAGAAAACUUUGACGUAGCUUAUGGUGACAGAGUUUUAUUACAAGGUGCUGAUUUAGUAUUAGCUUUUGGUAGAAGAUAUGGUUUUGUAGGAAGAAAUGGCUUAGGUAAAACGACAUUACUUCGCAUGAUCUCUGGAAAACAAUUACAAAUUCCGUCGCACAUACGAGUAUUACAUGUAGAGCAAGAAGUUGAAGGUGAUGAUACAUCUGCUUUGGACUCUGUUUUACAAUCUGAUGUGGAACGCUGUGCGCUUCUCAAACAAGAAGCUGAACUUCAAGCUGCCAUUAAAAAAGAGGGUGACAAAGUUAGUGACACUCUUGGAGAAGAACUUGCUAAAGUAUUUGAAGCAAUGCAGCUUGCAGAAGUAGAAAAGGCACCAGCAAAAGCAAGUACAAUAUUAUCAGGUUUGGGUUUUUCAGUCAAAAGACAAAGUUGGCCUACCAAAGCUUUCAGUGGUGGUUGGCGUAUGAGGCUAGCACUUGCUCGUGCCUUAUUUUCUAGACCUGAUUUAUUGUUACUUGAUGAACCGACCAACAUGUUGGACAUAAAAGCAAUUCUUUGGCUCGAGAAGUACCUACAAUCAUGGCCAACUACUUUACUUGUAGUUUCUCACGAUCGUAAUUUCCUUGAUACUGUGCCUACAGAUAUAUUAUAUCUUAAAGGACAAAAAAUUGAGUCAUAUCGUGGCAAUUAUGAACAAUUCGCCAAGACCAAAAACGAACGUGAGCUUAACCAGCAGCGUGAAUUUGAGGCACAGCAGGCCAAACGAGCCCAUGUACAAGGAUUUAUUGAUCGUUUCCGUUACAAUGCUAAUAGGGCAUCAAGCGUUCAAAGUAAAAUUAAAAUGCUUGAUAAACUACCUGACCUUAAACCUAUUGAAAAAGAAAACGAGGUGACUUUGCGCUUCCCCGACGUAGAGGCGCUUAAUCCACCAAUUUUACAAAUUAACGAAGUAUCUUAUCGUUAUCCUGAUACUAAAAACUUUGUAUUCACUAACGUAAGUCUAAGCGCAACGUUACAAUCACGUAUUUGCAUCGUCGGUGAAAAUGGAGCUGGUAAAACCACGCUACUAAAAAUCAUAACCGGCUCGCUUAGUCCUACGCAUGGUACAAUUCAUACACACCGUAAUUUGAAAUUCGGAUACUUUAGUCAACAUCACGUAGAUCAACUUGAUUUGAGGGUGUGUCCUGUCGAAUUGUUACAAAAUAAUUUCCCUGGAAAACCCAUAGAGGAAUAUAGAAGGAUGCUGGGUAGUUUUGGCGUAACGGGUGACUUGGCUCUUCAAACUAUCCAUUCAUUAUCUGGAGGUCAAAAAUCGCGUGUUGCUUUUGCCCUCAUGUGCGCUGCCAUGCCUAACUUUUUAGUGCUUGAUGAACCUACAAAUCAUCUGGAUAUUGAAUCAAUUGAAGCUCUUGGCAAAGCUAUCAACACUUGUCAAGCUGGAGUCAUUUUAGUAUCUCACGAUGAAAGACUAAUACGUAUGGUUUGUAAAGAACUGUGGGUGUGUGCUGAUGGUUCAAUCAAAUGUAUAGAAGGAGGUUUUGAUGAAUAUCGUCAAAUCAUCGAGAAAGAACUCGAGGCAUAACAUUUCUCAUGCUUUUUAAAUGAUAAAAUAUUAGUUUCUGUAUGUUAAUUUACAUAAUAAAACAAAAUUAUUACUAUCAUUGUU